ACACAAGGACGUAAACAAUACGGUCGCACCAGGCAGAAAAAGGAGUAACUGUAUCCUUUUAAUAAAAGCAUAAAGGAAAGCUUAAAAACGUAGUGUGCAACAUUAUCUGUCGUGAGAAUGAGCAAUAUAUACAUUCAAGAACCACCCACCAACGGCAAGGUCUUGUUAAAGACCUCAGCUGGUGACAUUGACAUCGAGCUGUGGUCCAAGGAAGCUCCGAGGGCAUGUCGGAACUUCGUGCAGCUGUGCAUGGAAGGUUACUACGAUGGGACAAUAUUCCACAGGGUGGUGCCUGAAUUCAUCAUUCAGGGUGGAGAUCCAACUGGUACAGGGACUGGAGGAGAGUCCAUCUAUGGGAAGACGUUCAAGGAUGAGUUUCACACCAGACUGCGCUUCAAUCGGAGAGGUUUGGUCGCCAUGGCCAACGCCGGGACGCACGACAACGGCAGCCAGUUCUUCUUCACUUUGGGACGUGCCGACGAGCUGAACAACAAGCACACUAUUUUUGCCAAAGUGACCGGAGACACGGUCUAUAACAUGCUCAGGUUAGCGGACGUGGAAUGUGACAGCAAUGAAAGACCUUUGAAUCCCCACAAGAUAAGAACUGCCGAUGUGCUGCAUUGUCCUUUUGACGACAUUGAGCCACGUGAAACGAAGAAAGCCAAGAAGGAAAAAGACAAAGAAGAAGGAAAGAAAUCGCAGUCAAAAGCCACAAAGAACUUCAGCCUCCUGUCGUUCGGCGAGGAGGCCGAAGAAGACGAGGAGAUGGUCAACCAAGUUAGUGAGAGCCUGAAAGGAAAGAGCAAAAGCAGCCACGACCUCCUGAAGGACGAUCCCAGACUCAGCUCCGUCCCAGCUGUCGAUAAAGGAGAGAAGACGUCUGGAGAUGAAGCGGAGGAGGACGGCGUGGGCGAGAAGGCCAGCGAGCUGGUCAGGGCCAAGCUGAAGAAGGACAAAGGCGCCGGAAAAGCCAGCGAGCCCGAGGGCGAGGAGGAGCGGGGGAAGAAGAGCAGCCGCAGCGAAGAGUUGCGCAAGGAAGUUCGCCAGUUGAAGAAGGAGCUGAAGGCGUUGAAGCAAAGAGAAGAUGGCCCUAAGCCUGCCGUGGAUGAGGUCAAGGAGGAGAGCAAAAAGCCGAGCAGCGAGGCUGUCGCCGAGUAUCUGGAGGGGAGGAAGAAGUACGAGGAGCGGAGGAAAGACAAGCGCAAGAGAGGCUCGGGCAGGGAAGAACAGACGAUGGAGCUGCUCAACCGUUUCAAAUCCAAGCUGUCGUCGGCCAUCAGCGAAGCCCCGGAGGAGGAGGAGGACGAGGAAGAGCUGGCCGAGGACGACGACAAAGGAUGGCUGGGCCACGUGCUGCACUUUGACGAGCAGUCCCGGAAGGUCAAAGACGCCACCGUGCAGGACGAAGACACCUUCGAGAUCUACGACCCGCGGAACCCCGUCAACAAGCGGCGGCGGGAGGAGAGCAAAAAGAUCAUGAAGGACAAGAAGGCCAAGAGUUGAAAAUGGAAAGAAGAAUGCUCCUGAUUUUUCAGGACCAGAGCCCCAGCCGGCGGCUUACCUCGGACCAGUCCAGAGUGACCCACUUGGGUGGGCAGGACUGGUUGUUGCAGGCCUCUUGCUCGAUGGGUCUGUGGGUAAGACAGUGGGUGUCCUCCAGGGUCUCCUCCUCGGCCGGCCCGAUCUUCCUGAUGCACAGGACCGUCCUGGUCCGGAUGCCGCCGUCGCAGCUCUUACCGCAUUCGGACCAGUCCCCGAUAAACCACCUGGGCGAGUACAACGCAACAAAUAUUAUAUACUAGACUUGGUUUGUCUACCUGGACCGGGACUUUGACAUGUGACAUGCCAUACAGAAAAAAUAACCCACAAAAAGAAUGCAGGAACAAACAAACAAGGCAGGGGGGGAAAAAACAGGUAAAGAAAAAAAAAAAAAAAAACAUCCUAAUUUAACCCUGAAUAAAUAAGGAACCAACAAAAAUGAUGAUAAUUCAGGAAAAAAAGCAAAUUAUAACACUGAAUGAUAUAUAUAAAAUAAUGCAAGAAAAAAAAGAUAUAAAAAAUAAUAAUAAUAAUAAUGCUGGGGAAAGAAACACUAGGAUAAAUAUCACAGAAAGAAAUUGAAAAUAAUGCAAUAAAAACAUGUUAACAAAUUGUGAAAAACAUAUUUAUUAAAAAAAUGAUACAGGAAAGAGCAUGCACAAAAACCUAUCAACAAUAUAACGAAAAAUAUAAGUGAAAUAAAAAUAAAGACGGAGAAAAGAUGUUAAAAAUAAAAUAGGAGGCAAAAGAAAAAAAUAAAGGGAAAAAUGCAAAAGAAUAAAGCAGAAAAUAUUUUAAGUAUUGAAAAAAAUAACUGAAAACAAUACAAGAAAUAAGGUAAAAAAUAUUUUUUUAAAACUUGUGAAAAAACAUUAUGAUGGAAAAACCAAAAAAAAGUAACAGAAAAUAAUGCUGGAUAAAAACUGAAAAUAGUGUAAAAAUAGAUGUUUUAUAUAUAUAAAUAUAUAUAAAAAUAAAGCAUUGGGGGGGGAAACAUGUCAAAGAAAUGUAGAAAAGAUAAUGCAGAAAAAAGGGUGAAAAAAUAUUGUUAGGUUGUACGUGAACUAUUUGCCAAUGUUUUACAUUCUUCCUGUUGUUUAUGAUGAUUUCUAUUCCCUGCAUGUUUACUGUGAAGAAUACUACACUGCAAACAACUUCCUGCUCUAAAAUUUGAUUGUCUGAGUGAUAUGACAUCAUCCACGCGCAAUUAUCACGUUCAAACAUCUGCUCUGGCUCGUAAAAGACACGGCGAGGUGUGUGCGUGGCGGAGUGGAUCCAGAUGAGCGACACGACGUGUCUGCGAGUGUGACGCUUCGCACCAGUUGGCCGCCGUGUCGCCUUGCACCUGCGCGCACGCAGUCGCCAAAAGCAUCAAACACAGGUGGUUGCUCCCCGGGCUUCUUAUUGUUGGCGCCGCACAAGCGCAGAAAAUACUUCAUAUGUGAAGUUGUAAAUCAGCAUGCUUCAUUAUUUUCCUCCAAAACUCUUUUUUUUUUUUUUUUUUUUUUUUUUUAAACAACCAAAAGCCAGCUUAAGUUUAGUUGAGGUCGGAGUUUUUAUUUAUGUCUUUUGAGUAUUGUUGCAUGCUCUCUUUGUAUGUGUUGCUGCUCUGUGUUAAAGUAGCAGUUGUCUGAAGGUUGCCAAGUACUGUUAGAUCCAUGCUAAUUUAUGUUAGCCCAUUUAUCACAUUUUUCAUUGUAUGUUAGCAUUAAGCUAGUUUCGUUAGACGAAAUGGCAUGGUUUUGUUGAACGUGUUGGUGUUUAAAUACACAAUGUUUUAUUCUCUUUUGUUAUAUGCUCUGUUUGAAUGUGUUGCUGCUCUGUGGCUUUUAAAGUAGCAGUUUGAAGGUUUAUAAUUAACAUAACAUAAUAAUAAUACGAUUUGGUAGAACAUUGUGAUGUUUCAAUAUACUGUGUUUUUUUUUUUUUUUUUUUUCAUAUAAUUUGAUCAAUAACAGAAAGCCACUUGUAAAAAAAAAUAAAAAAUAAAAAAAUAAAAAUAUACAAAAUUUUGAAAAAAAGUUAUAUAAUUUUGAAAAGAAACUGCCGCCUUCGUAAAUGUCUCCAAUGCUUCUUUUCAUAACGGUAAAUAUAAAAGUGCAUAAUGGUAAAGACAAAAACACCAUAAAAAUUGUGUGUUGCACAAUUGCACUACUCAAACCCAUUACAGUCUUGUCUUUAUACAAUCGUAAUAACGGUAAAGACAUGCAAUUGUUCUGACACUUUCACAAAUUCCAGAUCAAAUGAUAUGAAAAUGACCCAUAUUUUUAUUUCACUUUUGUUUAAUGUGUCACUUUUAUAAUAAACUUCAACUGGGGGUGACCGCAACUAAAUAUGACAGUACGGUAUGUAAAAUAGGUCAAAUUGAAACUAUAUUUUUCCCUGUCAUCUCCUGCUUGCCACCUACAACUCUUUUAAAGCUAAGAUGUGUUUAAUUUACCUACAAUGUCUAUCUAUUUAUAACGCUUAUUGUUGACUAUAUGUGUGUGACAAAUAAACUGCUUGAAGCAA